CAUGGGUAUGUGCUUAUACUACAAAGAUCUUCACUGCCAGCAUACAAUCAACAUCUCGCGUUGAGAGUUACAACGCUCAAGUUAAAAGGCUGGUUUUAAACUCUAAUAUUAGCCUACUCAAACUUGCUGAAGCCUUGGAAGCAAGUAUAGAAGAAAAGAUUAAAAAAGCAAAAUAUGCUUAUUGGAAGACACGAAUUCCAUUAACAUCAUCUGCCGCUACAUUACUACAAACACUAUUUCCCAAACUCAAUAAGGCUUUGAGCCAGUUUAUUACACCUGAAAUACAAAAAAUUCA